GGGAACGCAUUCUGCUACAAGGCAGCACAGGAGCACUACGGGCCGCGGGUUCCCUUUGUCUUUGUAUAUUCCAGACGUCACUAGAACACGAUCAUGGCGUCAGGGCCGAUUCCCAACGACGACAGUCUGUCGUCCGAGGAUUUCGAGGACAGCCCUGGCGACCUGCUCGGCCCGGACGAGAUCAACGCGGUGGACGGGGAGCUCCCGGACGACGAGCUGGGAGACGGCGAGGCUAUGGACGGCGAGGAGACGGUCGUCUUUCGUCCGCUCUUCGUCCACCGACAGCGCCAGGCUCGCCGCAAACAGAGACGCUUGGAGCAGCAAGGGCGGUGGAAUGCCUACUAUAGGACGCACUACACUCGCCACCUGCCCCGAAUCCACUAUUGA